AUGAGUCUUCUUUCCCGAGAUUUACAAGCAAAGGCUUCUUUCAAUUUACAAAGUCUAGAAGCGAUUGAAGGACAGAAGGGAUACGGAGUCAUUGAUAAUACCAAUGGAACAGUGAUCCAUAGCGAAGGAAUACUCAAGAAUCAACCAGAGCUUCUUACCCACAUCUAUUUCAUUCUUCAAGAUGUGAACGGGCUUCUCACGUCCAGCAAUUCGGGAGAGACCAUGAAGAAACUGCAAAUUAAAUUUAAUGACCAAAACUCCCCACCAACCACCUAUCACAUUGCUCUUUCAAAAAGCUCUACCUUUGUCGUUCUCACUCAAUAA